AAUAGGAGGCAGUUGCAGCCUCACAGAGGCUUUCACACACAUUCCCGGACCCCCUUGCACCCCACAAGGACGCCUGUGAGCUUUCCAUCGCUCCCUCCCACUCCCGGCCAAGUUGCAGCCUCACAAAGACUCCAUCUCGCCCAGAGAUUCACCCAGGCUCACACUCACUGUCGGUCGCUGCUCUGUUCCCUCUCCAUGGCAUCCCAAGCAGCUGUGCUACUGGCCCUCAGCCUGCUGCUCCUCUGGACCUCCCCUGCUCUGGGUGGUGCCAAUGAUGCUGAAGACUGCUGCCUUUCUGUAACCCAGCGUCCCAUCCCUGGGAAUAUCGUGCGAGCCUUUCACUACCUCCUCAUCAAGGAUGGCUGUAGACUGCCUGCCGUUGUGUUCACCACACUGAAGGGUCGCCAGCUCUGUGCACCCCCCGACCAGCCCUGGGUGGACCGCAUCAUCCGGAGACUGCAGAAGAACUCUGCAAAGAACAAGGGCCACAGCAGUUAGCCCAUGACAGCCCUGGAGGGAGUGGUGUGUAUGAGAGAAGGGAUGUGAAUCACUGCAGCCCUGGGGAACCAAGGAUGAGAAGGGAAACCAGGCCUCCAGCAACUCUGCACCAGACCUGACACAGCAGGCUCAAGGGCCUGGAGUGUCAAUUUGAGUGUGAGUGUGAGCAGGGGUGAGUGUGGCAGGAGCACAGCUUCUCCGCACUCAGAUUGCAGUGCUUCCAAUAAAGCCCAACUGGUACCCACAGA